CGUUAUCAUUUGAAAGAGAGAUGAAACCUAGGAUAACGAUCAAGAUCUUCCUAUUCCAAUCUUCCUAUCCAUAUCUUCAAGAAAACUGGCGAGUGAGAAACACUGUGACGGCCGGGAGUUGCGGCAAUCACGAACGGAUCUGUCUUCUACGUUGCCCCAUCACGAUCAACGAAUCCCACUGUCGUGUCUUGAAUACAAAUUUCCAGGUUAAGGCUAGAGUCCUAUUACCUGCACCUUUGCCUAGGGUGGUUGAUCAAGAAGGGAGACGUGGUUCGUGCUUCCAUUCUUAUUUGAAAGUUAUAAACAGCUCAUGGAUAUUUGAACAAUGUUUUCCUUAAAAACAGUUGGGGCCUGCGUGCUCAUGUUUGCCACGUGUGGCUAAAUAACAAACAUAUAAUUUCCGAAUUUCUUUGAUUAUGAUAUUAAUGUUGUUUGUAUGUAUUUACUAAUCGGUUUGGCAAUAGAAUCUAUCGGACGCCUUGUAUGAUUCAAUAAGGAUGAACUAAUGUUGUUCUUGUCGGGUUGUACGGCGGUUGUCUACGUG